AUGCACUGGAACAUUCACAUCAGGCAACUGGUUGAUAUUUUGCUGGACCAAUUUGGUUUUAAGGCCCAUCCACUGGGCGAACCGCUUCCGGAACCAACUGACAAUCAUAAGAAACCAUUUGCGCCGAGGACCCCCCUGCAAAGCCAGAUCCACCAUGCAGCCCUUCACGUCAACCAAACCAUCAACCAACACACCCAAGAGCUCCAGACAAACCCCAACGCUCCCCAGACCUUCUGCCUCCGGUAUCCAACCUACGAGAAGUUUGUGGAGUACUCCAUUAGCAUGGAGAAAAAGUGUAAGCUUUUGCCAAAGGACAAAAUGGUUGUGUUGUUGGAAGAGGCUGGAAGAUGUGUGGGGGUGGCUGUUCCGCCUGAUCAUACUAAAGAAGAUGGGAUAUUCUUAUCACCCCCUGAUCGUGCACUGGCUGGCCUGAAUGAUGCCAUUAAGAAUUGCAAUUGGAACGAGGCCAAGGAUGAAAUAGUGUACAGUACUGUUCCCCCACCUGGUCCCCUUCAAACUCCAAAACCCCUGGAUAUGGACAACAAAGGGGAAAUCCGUGAUCCAAAACCCAAAACCACUGAAGAAGAAGAACCACCAUCCAAUGCUUUCCAGCCCCCUGCCCAACAAUCCCAGACCCCCCACCACCCCCCAAAUCCCAAACCCCAGGCAGCCUUGCCACUGUACGCUUCUAAAACCCCUGCGCCAAAGCGUAAAUCCCAUCCAGACCCUCCAAAUCCCAAACCCAGAGCAGGCAAGGCAAAAAAGAAAUGUAAAACAUCCAAAUAUUUGGAGGACAACAACAACACUAACACCGACCCCAAUCCUCUCCCACCACCAGAACCGCAACUCAAUACUAAAGGAAAAAAUACAAUUUCCUAUCAGCCUUAUGGAUAUGGACUGGGAGAAAAAAAUUCCACAGGUAUGCAGGACCUUAAGAUCCAAGUGAAAGUGACGCCAUCUGCACGACCUCAAAUCGACGAAUCAUCACUUCAAGGACGUGGUAUUGGUUGGAGGGACAAGCCAAAAGUGGAGCCCAAUCUCCCAGACCCCCAAAAGACAGGUACCAACCGCUCCAACUGCCUGGAGAUGGUUAACAUGAGGAAUGAAUUGAAAUAUCAAUUUGCUUUAUCUCUAUGGAUAAAUAAAGCAUUCUUACCUCAAUCAGUUGAUGUUGCAGAAAAAGCGGUUGAGUAUCUCCUGGCCAAUGGAUCUGGAUGGUUGCGUGAAACCUUGCUUUGUGAAUCCAACAAGAUCCUUGCUUGUGUGGCAUGUCAUGGCCUUCAUGGCUAUUCCUUCCAUGGACCGGGGCUGCCCCGCCACCUCCAAUCCAAGAAACCGGAAAUGCAGCUGUCAGAGGCAGUUUGGUUGGUGUCCUGCAAGGCCAGUUGCAUUUGUCAGAGAGCAACUUGGCACUUGCAAAUCAGUUAUUCCUAG